AGAAAAAACAUUUAGCCACGGCUCUUCCUUUGGGUUAAGAGACUGCUUCUCUCUACCUAUCAUACUCCCAGCUUUAAACAGGACUGGACUGAAGCCAAUAACAGAGAACAAUCGAGUGCAUUAUGGGUGACUUCAGUGAAGAGUGGGGAUACUCCAAUGUGGAUUACAAAGGCUCCUACCUGAACGACACUGACUGGGGGUACACACUGGAAUCUGGGCUUGGGCCGCUGCAAUACUUCGUCAUGGUGGUGUACAGCCUGAUAUUCUUGCUGGGGGUCCCGGGGAAUGCAGUGGUCGUCUGGGUGACGGGUUUCAAGAUGAAGCGCAGUGUGAACACUGUCUGGAUCCUGAACCUGGCCUGCGCGGACCUGCUGUGCUGCCUGUCCCUGCCCCUGAUGAUCUCCUGGGUGGCUGAGGAUCAUCACUGGUCCUUCGGAGCCCUGGCCUGCAAGCUGAUCCCGGGCAUCAUCCUGCUCAACAUGUUCUGCAGCAUCUUCCUCCUGGCGGUGAUCAGCGCAGACCGCUGCCUCCUGGUGGCCGCGCCGGUGUGGUGUCAGAACAGGAGGCGGCCCGCCGUGGCAGGCUGGGUGUGCGCGGGGGUCUGGGGGCUCUCGCUGCUGGUCACCGCUCCUUUUUUCGCCCACCGCAAGGAAGUGACUGAUGUCCUCAGCUCCAAAAUCCUCUGCAAUCCCGACUACUCCAGCUUGAAUGAGGACGCCAAGGCAGCUGAACUGGGCAUCGCUGUGUACCGCUUCAUCAUCGGGUUCCUGGCCCCGUUCGCUGUCAUAACCGGCUGCCACGUCUUUAUCUUGUCCCGGGUGAGCGGCGGGCAGAGGGCCAGCUGGAGGAAAUCUCAGAAGACCCGACGUGUGAUCUGUGCCGUGGUGUUGACGUUCUUCAUCUGCUGGCUCCCCUACAACAUCCUGGGGUUCAUUCAGGCUCUCACCCCCUCCUACUCUCCUCUGGUACCCCACAUUCUCACCGCUGAUCUCUUCUGCGUCUGCCUGGCCUACCUCAACAGCUGUCUCAACCCUCUUCUCUUUGCCUGUGUCGGCCAGGAUUUUAAGAACCACGUACGCAAGUCCCUGAAGAGCGUGUUGGAGAACAUCUUCAUGGAGGACUCCCCCCACAGUUACUCCAGCAACAACAGCCUCUCUCUUUCAGAGAGGGUGCAGCAUUCUGUGAUCUGAGCAGUAACAUCUUCAGACUUCCACGCCCGACCCUUCAGCUAGUCAAAGGAAGUUGACUGCUUGUGCCUCUCAGUGUUUGCAGCUAACAAAAUAUUCCUCUAAAUCUUACCUGCUUUGUACUUCCAUUUGCUGCAUUGGUCUCAAAUGUGUGAUUUGUGAGAUUGUAUUGUUUUUAAUAUAUAUAUAUAUAUAUUCUCCUAUGGCUCACUUCACAUUAGCAUAUCUUCUGGGUCCUGUUACUGGCUGACAGCUUGUCAGUCAAAAGGGGAAGCAGCUGAUUGGUUAAUGACAGGCAAAAAUCUGACAGACUUUUUUUUUUUUUUUUUUUUAUCCAAACGCAAUUUCAAAUACCAUGUUUUUGAAAUGAAAGUCCAUGUUUACAAUAAUAACCUAACAGCACUGCCACAGUCAAGAGAAAAAGCGGCAGCGCUGAACUGCAGCGAGGCGCACCACCUCAAACCUCAAACACGUGCCGCCUCACUCGAGCGCUAUCAGCCCCAUCUCUGUAGCUGUUAGUGUGUCAGCUCUCAAAGGGUUUACACUGUCACUGUGAGAAUGUGGCUGGACAAGGUUAAGUCUGAUCUGAUUUGGAGGGGAACUUUAAACCCCUGUGAGAAUGCGUCCAGGCUAAAUUUGAAUGAUUCAAUUUGGCCUGGCCACAAAAAGUCACCAGGAUGGGAGAACUGGAAUAGUGAUUCGAAACAAGAAUAAGAACACACAGAGUGAGAGAACUAAAGAGGGAAAGUGUGAGUGUUGGGAAGGGGAGGGAGAUGGGGAGUGGCCAAGAUCAUUUCACUUGAUCUGAGUAGCAGGAUUGGAACCCAGAACUAGCCUUCUGUCUGUGUGUGUGCGCCACUUUGACCCCCAGAGUGGAACCCAGGCCUGCUAGCAGCGCCACCUAGCUGUUCUAAGGGGUUUUAAACCCUGUGCUAUUGCCUCGGAUGUCAGAGUCUGUCCGUAGCAGGAUAUGAUGCAUUAAACACCAGGGUUAUAUUCAAAACACAUAACCAUUUCCAUGGAAACACUCCUUCUUCCUGCACUGAAAGCUGUGUGGCAAUACUGCAGGCUUGGGCUGUGAAUGGGGGACCCUUAGGGGAGAGAGAGAGAGAGCAAGAGAGGAGCGAGAGAGAACGAGAGAGAGGAGAGAGAGGGAGAG